AUGGAUGAGAGAGACACUAUUCCCUUGGGACACGGGGACGGAGGGAGAACUGUGGAUGUCACAUACGAAAAUUGGAAGCAUGUCCCUAUUACUCAGAAGGAUUUGAUAUGGGAGGAUAUUCAGGCUGAAUUUGAUAUCCCUGAAGCAUCUGAUUUAAGGACAAAAAAGAAAAUACUUCAGACUGUGGGGGAGCGGUGGAGACAGUUUAAGUCUGAUUUGACGUCGAAAUGGGCACUUGCAGCUGACAAGGAUAGUGUUGAUGACACUGUAUGCAAAAUGUACGGCAUUAGCAAGGAGAAAUGGACCCAAUUUUGCCAGAGCCGUAGAGACCCUUCAUGGGAGAAUGUUCGAAAAAAAGCACAAGCUGUCCAAAAACAAAACACUGCCCCUCACGUGAUGUCUCGUGGGGGUUAUGAAUAUUUAGAAAAAAAGUUGAUGGAUGAGAAGAGAAAGAAAAAACUAGAGGAAGCAACUCAAUCCGGAAGCACUGACACCGUCAUUGAUCCUCCAUCUCCCAUCAAACGACACGUGAAGUGGAAGCUAGCCCGCACCAAGAAAACUGGUGACAUGACAUCUGAAGCAGCAAAGGAAAUUGCUGACAAGAUUGAUGCGCUUGAGGAGCAGGCCUCACAGGGUUCCUUUGUUACCCAUGGACGUCAUGAUAUACUGACUGCUGCCAUUGGGCGACCAGAACACCCUGGUCGUGUGCGUGCUGUAGGAGCCGGUAUAACCAUCAAACAAUACUUUGGAUCAGCUUCAAGGACCUCCUCCAUUGCUCCCGAAUACCUGCAACAGUUGACGCAACAAAUCAAGGACCAACUAGAGGAUUCAAUCACAGAAAAAGUCACUCGACGGCUAAUGUUAUCCUUCAGCCAAAUGCAAUCACAGGGACUCGCACUGCCUCCUGAACCUGAUGUUGGUCCUUCAGCUGCUCGUGUCAGCACAAAGGAGAGUUGUGUUGAUCCCUCAGGGAACGAUCUAGACACCGGUGACUCAUACAAAUGUGGGUUGUAUAUUGAAGAAUAUCCUUCUCGCCUGGUUGCCCUGGGAAGAGUUUAUGAGGGAUCUACAACAAUUCACAACAUUCCUUUGCUGCAUGAUCAAGUUAAGGUUAGUGUUGAGGAGAUUAGAGAUGUAGAUGCUCCCAUUCCUGUACCCACUAAAGAGGUUAAGGUCGUGGGACAGGCUCUUAACACAUUCCUUGCUUGGCCGACACAUCUAGUCAAGCGUUUAUCAGAACAGGGAGCUGUGAGACCCGCGAAACCUGCAGAUAGGCCGGAUGAUGAGGUCGAUGAUCCGCUAUAUCUAAUGACAUUGACCAUUCCACAGCUUUUUCUGAAGCCAUUGCAGGUUAUGUGGGAUGCUACCUUGUUUGGCCUAUUUAAUGAAAACUUUCCCUUGUACAUAAAGCAUGAAGAUCUGUCUGAAAUUGCACAUGGUGGUCAAUGUCUCAGCAUAUCUGUUAUACAGUUGUGGAUUCUGCAUAUGACUGAGACAAGUAUGCGAGCUGGGAAUAUCGAUGUGUAUGGAUUCCUCGAGCCACAUAUUGUGUAG